UAGUUACUCGAGCAACAUCGUUAAUCAAAAACCAUGCUGGAGAUAACUUUGGCUUUGCUGCUGCUACUUGUAGGCCUCUUCUAUGUCUUCAUGACUUGGAAUUUCGGAUUCUGGCGCAAGCGUAAAGUGCCAGGUCCAACGCCUCGCUUUCUCACAGGCAACUAUCCGCACCUGUAUAACAUGAAACGUCACGUGGUCUACGAUCUCAAUGAAAUCUAUAGUCAAAACAAACAGCAGUUCGAUGCGGUUGGCAUUUAUGGAGCUCGCAGUCCACAAUUGUUAGUGAUAAGUCCGCAGUUGGCACGACGUGUCUUCGUCUCCGACUUCAAGCACUUCCACGAUAAUGAGAUGUCUUUAAUGGUGGACGAGAAAUCCGAUUUCAUAUUUGCCAAUAAUCCAUUUAUCCUGGUCGGAGAUGAGUGGAAACAACGGCGCGCAGAUGUUACUCCCGGAUUAACCAUGGGUCGUAUUAAGACGGUUUAUCCGGUUACAAAUGAGGUAUGCCAAAAGAUGAGCGAAUGGCUGCGCAAGCAAAUACGUCUAGCUCCACCUGAGGGCAUAGAUGCGAAAGAUCUCAGUCUACGUUUCACAACCGAAAUGGUCACCGAUUGCGUGCUGGGCCUAAAGGCCGAGAGCUUUUCUGACAAACCCUCACCAAUUAUGGGCUACAUCAAGGAACUCUUCACGCAGCCCUGGACCUUUAUCAUAUAUUUUGUGCUAGUCAGCACGUUGCCUGCUCUUCGAAAUAUCUUCAAGAUGCGUUUUGUGCCAUUGCGUAUUGAAUCAUUUUUUGUGAAUCUGAUGCAAACUGCGAUUGAUGCACGACGGCAGCAACUGGCUGCUGGAAAGCAAUUUGAACGCGUUGACUUCCUAGACUACAUAUUGCAGCUGGGCAACAAGAAAAACCUGGAUACACGUCACUUGACCGCGCACACAAUGACUUUCCUGCUGGAUGGAUUCGAAACAACAGCCACAGUGCUAAGUCACUUGCUCUUGCUGCUUGGAAGGGAUGAGCAGGUGCAACAGCAACUGCGCGAGGAGCUGGAGGCUCAUCUCAAUGCCAAGGGCAUCAUUGACUUUGAGAAGCUCAACGAGUUGCCCUUCCUGGAUGCAUGUGUGCAGGAAUCCAUACGCAUCUUUCCUCCUGUCUUUAUGUCUAAUAAGUUAUGCACUGAGCCGAUUGAGUUGCCUAACAAAAAGGGCGAGAAUUUCACAGUGGAGCGUGGCACUACUGUCAUUGUGCCCCAUUACAGCUUCAUGCUGGAUGAGGAGUUCUUCCCCAAUCCCCAGGCCUUCCAACCCGAACGAUUCAUGCAACCCGAUGCUGCUAAGAAGUAUCGGGAGCAAGGAGUCUUCAUGGGCUUCGGCGAUGGUCCGCGGAUUUGCAUAGGUAUGCGCUUUGCAAUGACACAGAUCAAGGGUGCUCUCGUCGAGGUGCUUACCAAGUUCAAUGUUCGUGUCAAUCCCAAAACGCGCACAGAUAACGAAUAUGAGCCAACGGCGUUCAUCACGACCCUGAAAGGCGGCAUUUGGCUAGACUUUGAGCCGCGCCAAUGACGGAAAUAUAAUCAACUUUCAAGGGCAUUUCACUCAGCAGUAAACGUGCACAGCGAGCUCUCGCAUAUCAAUUGACUCAUCAUUUAAUGCACAAAUUGUGUGCACACCUUUUUCAUUUAGAUCUGAGAUACAAUGAUACAGUAGUCCAUGACAAUGUGGGCAGUCGGUGGAGUGAUAAUACAAUUAUAUUCUCAUUAUUUCAACUGGUUUGUUAAUUUAUUUUUUUUAUGUAAAUUAAAAGGAUUUCA